AUGAGUGAAGAUUCAAUGAUCAGCCUAGUUGAAGAGCUGGAAAUAAUAUCUAGAGACGAACAUACGAUUAUUCACAUUUUGGAUUUUGGAUUUAUUUCGACAGAAAGUGCAAGGCUUUGUGGUUUGCAGUCCUUUUCAAAUAAUUAUAAGAGUAGUGGGAGUUUGAUUUUAUUUGAAGAUGGUCAAAGCAAUGACGAAAUUAAUGACAGCUCAAUCUGUUUUGAUUUAAACUCUGAAUCAAACAUUAACACUACCAGAUCAAAUAGAGAUUUGUUACUCACUGUUUUGGUUGGGAAUAUUUGUAUUAAUAAUACAUGCUUUGCUUUAGAUGAACACAUUAACAAUAGAAUUUUCAAUAGUAGGCCAAUAUCUCCAGAAAAUUAUUUAAAUUCUAGAAACACAUUAAAUUCUUUUAGCAAUUUGGAUUCUAUAGACCCCAGUAUUGAAAACAAUCCUCAAAAACAAUUUAAAGGGAUCGAAAUCGAAAUAUCAAUAAAUAAUCAAUACCCAAGUACUCCGCCAGAUAUUUGCUACCUUUCCCAUUAUAAUUUAAAUAAGGAUUAUAAAGAAAAGAUCAAGAUCAAUGUUGACAAAUUUCUUAAAAAUUCUCAAAUUGAAUAUCGGCUCACACAAGUAAUAGGUAUUAUUAAAAAUAUUUUGAAUUGUUCAAAUAGAUUAGAAGAAAGUGAACAGCAAACACAAAUAGUUUGCGAAAAUGAGCUAAGAAAUAAUAAAGAGGGUGAAAGGAAUUGUCUUGAAGGUUAUGACCACAAAUUAAUCUCGCUAGAUGAGAAAAAACAUGAAGAAGAUACUCACUAUAUGCUUUCUUCUAAUAGAUUUGAAGACAACUUUGAAGUGAUUAAAAUAUUAGGCUAUGGUGGGUUUGGUUCUGUUUUUAUGGCUAGAGAACACUUUGGAGGAAAAUGUACUUAUGCAAUUAAACAAAUACCACUAAGCUCAAGAAAUUUACGUGAAAACCAAAUGUUAAUAAAUGAAGCUGCAAUGCUUGCUUGCCUAAAUCAUGAAAAAAUAGUUAGAUAUUAUCAUGCUUGGGUUCAAGAAUCUGUUGAUGGUAACACCAGAUGCAUUAAUAAUGAACUGUUUGAUGAUAAUAUCUACAGCUCAUUUGCUCCUGAAUUAAUUUCUCAAUUAUCUGCAAUGACAGCUCAAUAUAUAACAAAUGAUUUUUCAAUACUUGACGAUCACAAAAAGAAAAGACCAGAACAAAGUUUAUUAAAGGGAGAUAAAAAGAAAUCUAUUUAUUUAUUUAUUCAAAUGGAAUAUUGUUCUGGCUAUUCUCUUCAAAACGCAAUUGACAAGGGAUUAAUUUUUAACAACCAGAAACUCAUUUGGCACAUUUUCUAUCAGAUAGUUCAGGGGCUCUCAUAUUUACAUGGAAAGGGAGUAAUUCAUCGUGAUUUAAAGCCUUCGAAUAUUUUUUUACAAUUAGAUGAAAAUAAUUCCAAUGAAACACAAGAAGAAAAUUGGUAUUUGGUUAAACUAGGAGAUUUUGGGCUCACAACGUUUGUUAAUAUCUUUGAAAGGUUUUCUUAUCCAAACAAUUCUAUCGAUAACUUGAAAGCAAAUAAAGAACUUUCAUCAGGUGUAGGAACUAUGUUUUAUAUGGCACCUGAACAAUGUAAAGGUAACAGUUACAAUCAAAGUGCGGAUAUGUUCAGUCUAGGAGUCAUUUUAUUUGAAAUGUAUCAUCCACCUUUUAAAACAGGAAUGGAAAGAGUACAGAUACUUACUCAAUUAACUAAAUAUUCAACUAUUCCCAAAAAUUGCAAUAUUCCUAAUAAAGUUCAAAUACUUAUUAAGUCUUUAUUAAACCAAAAUCCAGAAGAGAGGCCUACAUCUUACCAGCUUCUUUAUAAUGAAUGGAUUCUGAAGCAAACAAAAUUCUAUUUGAAUUUAGAAGACUCAGUGAUACUUGCGAGCGAUUUAGACUUAGUUGGUGCAAGAGGAGAAUAUAGUUCUCAAAAGAUAUGCGACAUUAUUAGUAGGAACCCAUAUAUACACGAGAAUAUUCAGAUUCUCUCUACAUUGUUUUCAAUAGAAAAGAGAUCAAUGGAUAAACAGUUUUACAGAAGUAAUGCAUGCUUUUCAUACUUCCCAUUUCAUUUAAGCAAUUCUGGGUACAAGAUCUGUCCAUUUCAAACAGAUAAUAUAUUACUCAACCAUCAUCACUAUUAUAAAAAAAGGUCUGAACUAAUUACUUAUAUAAAAAAUAUAUUCAAAACACACGGAGCGACAGAAGUUGGAAUUCCCAUUUUGUUUCCAAAAAUUAACAAUAAGAACUUAAUUUUUGAUGAAAAAACUCAAAGUGAAAUUAAUUGCAAUGAUAGAAAAGUUAACUUUGAUCUUGACUAUUUGAUUUUAUCAACUAAUGAACGGUUUGAGAAUGACUCCCAAAAGAAUAAGAAAGGAAGAAAACACUUGUCUAAAAAAAAUCAACAAAGUAACAAAGAAUAUAAUGAAUUAAAUGAAAGUAUAACCAUUUCUGACAACCCCUUGACUGUUGUUCUCUUAGAUAGAAGUGGAAAUCCGCUUGUACUAUGUAAUAAUAUACUAAAGAGUAUGUCUGCACAGCUCGGAGAUGGGCAGGGAUUGAGAAUGGGAGCUGUUAUUAAAAGAUUUUAUAUAGACUCAAUUUAUACUCAAGAUAAUUUAAUUAAUUUGGAUGCAAGUAAUAGCAGAGGUGCGAUCACUCAUGGGCACCCUAAAGAAUUACUUUUUGGAACAUACGAAAUUGUUGUUAAAAUAAAUGAUCGAGUAAUUGAGGAAUUUGAUAGUGUUAUAAAUUUUUUUGAAUUUCCUAUUGAAGUUCAAAAUAUUAGUGGUAAUCUAAAUAUUUCUCCAAUGUGGUAUUAUAAUAUUAUAAUCUAUUAUGAUAUUGAAAUUAUCAUUACAGCAUUAGAUACACUUAAGCCUUAUGAAAUGUUUAUUGGGCAACCCAUUUUAGUUUGGGGAGACUCGCAAUUUUUUAUUGCUUUAUUGGAAAGUUGGAUUGGAAUUAAAUAUGAUAAGGGGAAAUACCUUCAGAUUUGGUUACAGAAUAUGAUACCUAAAGGAAUUUCAAGAGGAAAGUUAUUGGAUUUUUUGCAAAAAAUCACAUUAAUUUCUCUUGCAGAGUUUGUAAACAGUUAUAAUUUUGAUCGUGAAAUUGAAGGAUCAAAUAUUAUGAAGACAGAACUUCCGGAACAAAUUGUGAAAUAUUAUAUUGGAUUAAAAAUAUUAUCAUACCCCUCGAUUUUAGAAAAAGUGGUGGAAUAUAUUUUCUUCAUAAUUAAUGAUUUUAAAGGUUCAAUACAGAAUUUGAUUGAAUUAAUAAAUAAAGGUACAAAUGAAAUUUUUAACCUAUUUGAAAUGGAAAAGAAAAAGUUUAUAAUUACUUGUAAAAACGGGAUUUUCAAAGAGUUAGCUAAAGUUACAAGAUACCCACUAUUCAUCAAUUUGCUAGUUAAUAAUAAAGGUUUUAAUGGGAAUUUUGCCGUAAAUUUUAAAACUUCAGAUAGUUUUAAUGAGGAAAAAAUUUUAAAUCAAAAUGAAGUAUUUAAAAAUCCAGAAUUAGUAACUCCUAAUUUACUAAAAGUUAUAUAUAGAAUAUUUUUAUUCAACAAUCUAUUAAAUAGCACCAAUUUGGGUAUUACAAAAAUAUUUUUUGAUCCAAUAUUGUUUUCAAAUAAUAACUUUUUUGAAUCAGGUUUUUUUUUCUAUAUCUUCUCAGGUGAAACUUCUUUUGAUCAAAACAAUAUUCAAACGGAUAUUCAGCCGUUUGGUUAUUCGCAAAAUAUAACAAUAUGUAAAGUGGGAUGCAUAAUGGAUUUAAUUUUUGAAAAUAAGUAUAAUAUAAAUAAUUCUAAUUCCCCAUAUAAUUCACUCAAACAUUCAAAUGUUGAGCUACUUGUCAAAGGAGGAAGGCUUGAUAAUUGGUAUAUUAGUGCCAACACUGAUAAAGUGAUAUUUUUCAAGAAUUACAGUUCUAAGAAAAAUAAUGAUAAGAUUUCAGCAGUAGGAUUUGAAAUAGUACUCGAAAGAAUAAUAUACAAACUUCUCAGAAACACAAAGUUUAAGACUAUCACUCCACCUCCAAGUUCGAGUGUGCCUAAUAAUAAUGAAUUAUUCUCAAAUACAGGAAUUCAUGUAUUUAUUUUAAAUAAUACCAAAUAUCAAUUAAAAUCAUUUAAAUUAAGGCAGUUAUUGCUAUUAAAAGGGAUAAAAUGCCAAAGAAACAUUUCAUCAAAUAAUUUGGACACUAUUAAACAGAAAAGCCAUAUAAAAAGUAGAUUUCCUUCAUUACAUUGGAUUGUACAUAUUAUUCGUGGAAAUUUUGGCGAUAAUAGAAAACAUCUAUCAAUGAACUCUUUGAAUAAAUCUUCUCAUUCACCAUACCAAGCAAAUAACUCAUAUUCAAAUUUGUUGAAUAAUUCAUAUUUACCCGAAAACCAAAAUAAUUUAUUAUUUUCAGAAAUUAAGUACAAAAUAGAAUGGUGUCUUUUUUCUGAUAAUAACUUAUCCUCUUAUGCAAAGGAGUUUAUUAAUAAUUAUUCAGGCUCAGGCAAUCCAAAUAAUAUGGAAAUGAUUCUCGACAACGAAAAUGCAUUAGUUCAAUUUUUUAUUGAGUUUUAUUGUAUGAAUGAUUAA